AACAACCAUUGGUUGAAAUAUAAACGAAUAUACUACCAACGAUAGAUGACAGGCUGUCAUCUAUCAUAAAUCUCACAAAUAUAAAAAUAUGAAAUUGCUGUCAAUGACAGCAGUUCUUCUGUUUCAUCUGUGAAUGUGAAUUGUAAAAUGGGACGCUAAACGUACUUUUUCAGUUUUUGGAAACGAAACAUCACCUGAAUAGAUAUCGGUGUGUCCAAGCAUAUCAGCCAAAAAAAUGUACGUUCGUAGCAUUUUGUGAAAUUCAUAGUUCUUCAGUCGAGCAACGUACAGAGUUGGAGAACGUAGCUUACAGAUUUUUCUUUUAAAUGAUAAUUAAGCAAAGUCUAGCUCUAAACGAAACACCCGCCUAUAAUUCGCGCGGAUAAGGCCAUUUUGUACGAAAGUGGCGUACACCAAAAACGUCAUGUCACUUAAAAUAGUCAGCUGCUAGACUUUGCUUAAUUAUUAUUUGAAAGAAAAUCUUUGAGCUACGUUCCUCAACUCUGUACAUUGCAGCAACGUAGCCAGGAUUCCAGUAAGGGGUGGGCAAACCUUUUCUUCGGCCAAAGAAAACAGUAAAAAGGUUCUUAUGUAGUAUUUUUAUUUUCGAUUUCAAUCAAAAUAUUUUUUUCUACUGCGAAGAAAACGAAAUUUCUGAAGGAUGGGCCAUGAUCCACCCUUGGCCAAGUGCUAGCUACGCCGCUAAUACGUUGCUCGACUGAAGAGCUAUGAAUUUCAUAAAACAUGACGGACUUCCGUAAAAGUUGACUUUUAUGUGGACAAGCCCAUAUAUAUAUGCACCUUGUCAUUACAAUUGGAAAGCGUAGUAAAAACGUUUUUCAUCUAUUUCUUUUUCAGAUUUUUUCAAAAUGUCAACUGAAAUUAAAACAUCCCUUACUAAUAAUAAUCCUAAUGAGUUAACAAAUGUGAGCAAUCUUACUGCCUAUGUAAGUCGAGAUAAUUUCAUCAGUGUUUUUCGUCACGUGCGGUUUUUCCUUUUUUCUAGGUAAAUAAUAUAUUUAAACAAAUGGAAGAAAAAUUUAUAUCAACAACAGAUCAAGUGAUGAAUAGAAAUAUCCUUUUUUUCACAAAAAAAGACUUUUCGUUCUGUGAACGGAGAACGAAAGAGAGACAAUAUUUUCGUAUAGGUCAAGUUGUUCUUGUAGUAGUAUGAAGACUGUUUAGAGUGGACAUGAGCAAGCACGGGUUUUGGGGCAGCCAGGGGGAUAAAAAAAUUUUCAUCCAAUAGAAGGCGGACUCUUCGUUUUCUUAUAAUUCUUAUCUUUGAUUUUCGAAGUAUAGCGACAUUACGAAUAAGUAGGGACACAUUCUUUCAGGUCCAGUCCUCCUCUUUGGGCAUGUGCAUAGACAUGAGCGGGAUCGGGACUGAAGAACCUUGGUCCCAUCCAUAUCUAAAGAAAGUCCUUUUAUUCUCUUAACGUUUGAUAUUUUGUUCUGCAAACACAUCGAGUGUGUGAUGAUGUUAUGCGCCGUGGAUGAUAAAUAGAAAAAGAAAGAAGAAAGACGGAAUCGUCUUCUUUUAUUUUUUUGUUCGCAUAUACAUAGAAAUGCCUCUGUCCGAAAAAAAUUCUCGAGAUCGGGUCCCGCCCAUAUCUGGUUUAAAUAGAUGUAAUGAUGCGUAACAUGAGAAAAAACUUAACUAAAAAGUAGUCGUCGUGUGUUUCUGACAUUGUAACAAAGAUAAUUAGUUUUUUAAACAUCUUGCAUUGCUGAACGUUGCUAGAGAAUAGAGCUAUUAAUAAUAAUAGCUAUUAUUUUAGUCAAAAUAAUACUAUAGAUUUUCUUAACUGUCCUCUUAUAUGUUUUUACUGAAUGAACUUGGUCGUCGUAUCGAUGAUUUAGAAAGUCAUAUUGCUGAUAUUAUAUCACAUUUACCAAAUGAAGAACAACAACCGCAACAACAAACAAAAUCUUGAAUUUGAAAAUCAUAAAAAUAAUAAUUUUGUAUAAAUAGACAAAAUAGUCAAGACUGUCAUAUGUUUAUCUAUCAGACAUUUUUGAAUAAGUGUUUGUUUCAUUCUUUUUUUUUGUACAUAGGUCUCGGGUAGAAUGAUUAAAUAAAAUGUAUCAAAACUAUUUAGACAACGAAUCAGAGACUAUUUUGAUUCUUUUCAGUUGAUGUUUUUUUGGGUACAGACGACAAUAGAAAAAAUCUAUUUAUAAAUUAUAGAUGUUUGUAUAUCUGUUAUUUUGGUUUUGUUGUUUUUCAUCGCUGGUGCACAGUGAAUUUCCUCAUUUAAAUGGUUAUUAUUCAAUGUCAAAAGUAAACGAUGAUUCUCAAUAUGUCUUUUUCAUCGAUUAUUCACAAUCGUUCAAUCACUAUCUAGUGACUGUGACUGGUCAACCUCUCUCAUUUACUACAGGCUAUUUAGAUUUGAACAGUGAUAAUCAAUUAACAUUAGUCACAGAUCAAGGCAAUCAAAUUAAUGGCACAAUUCAUUAUGAUCGAGAUUUACCCUCGAUAUGUUGGCAAGGAGAUACACUAUCAUGCUGGAAACAAAUAUUACCAAAUAUUAGUCGAAUACAUGUUAUUCAUAUGAAUCACUUAGAUGUUGGAUACAACGGAAUACCACAAACAGGUUUCAUCAACAAUAUUUUAAAUAUUUAUUUUCAUCAAUAUUUUCCAAGAGCAGUAUUGUUAGCAGAACAAAUAAGAAAAGUUUAUCCAGAAGAUUCAUUUGUUUAUACUACGCAUCCAUGGUUAUUGGAUUUAUUUUUCAAUUGUCCACCAAAUCUUGUGUUAAAUGGCAUCAAAUUAAUAUGUCCGAGUGUGGAAGAGAUGGCUCUUGUAGAAGGUUCAAUUCGAUCUGGUCAUAUCACAUGGCACGCAGCUCCCAUGAAUAUGCAAUAUGAAUUUAUGGACGAAUUAACAUUAAAUGCUUCAUUUGAUAUCGCUGUUGCACUCAGUAAACGAUUCGAUAGACCUAUUACAUGUGUAUUAAGUUUAAGAGAUGUACCCGGUCUACCAUUAGCUGUUUUACAAGCGUUUAAAACUUAUUUUCAACAAUAUUGCAGUCAUCCACCAAUGAUCACUGUUGGCGUCAAUUCUGCGGUAACUGGUCUUGAGAUUCCGAAAGGUUUAUUUCGAUGGGGCAUCGAUAGUGAUUCAAGUGUGUUAGCUACAUGGCAUUCAUUUGGAUAUCCAAAUAAUCCCGGUUCCACUUUUUCUAAACCUGGUGGUCUCUCAUUGAAUGAUCUAGUGAUUGUACCAGAAGCUGGUAUUGGACUCGCAUUUAGUUUUCGAACAGAUAAUCAAGGUCCACCCCAAUCAUUGUCUGAAAUUCAUCAAGAUCAUGAAAUUCUACGACAAUCGUAUCCGUCGGCUAGUGUAUUUGCAUCAUCGCUCCAAUCUUUUCUAGAAGAUGUUGCUUCUUAUUCGUCUGAACUAGAAUAUUUUGAUAGUGAUAUAUCAGAUACAUGGUUACAAGGCAUUGGAAGUGAUCCAAAACGUGUUCAACAAUAUCAAGUUUUACAACAAGCUAUAUCUCGAUGCUAUGAUGAAAAUUUAUGUGAAUACAAUAAUGAACAAUUGAUUAAUGCAAGUCGAUUUUUAAUAAAAAUUCCCGAGCAUACAUGGGGUUUACCCGGAGUAUACGAUCAAAUUAAUUGGUCGAAUAAACAAUUUCAUGCAGUUGUGAAUAGUGGAAAUAAUUAUAAUAAUUGUCGAUCAGCGUGGACUGAACAACGUGAAUUUUUCAAUGUAUAUUUACAAACAGUAGAGAAUCAUCCGUUGUAUGAUAUUAUCCAAGAUGAAUUAACUAAAGCAUUUUCCAACUUAAAUCGUCCUAAUCUAGAGAAUUUUGUAGAAGUUAGACCAGAUGAGGAUUUUUUUCUAUUUAAAACAUCAGCGAAACCAUUUCAUGUAUCAUUCGAUGAAGAACAUGGUUCAAUUAAACGUUUUUAUCGUGACGAUACGAUAUACUGGACAACAGAUAAAUAUCAAUUAGCGUCCUAUGUAUACAUUACGUACAAUCAAACAGAUUUUGAUCAUUUAUCACAAACAUAUGGAAAUCCAGGUAUAUCUAAGCCAAAUUCCACAUUGAAUGCUCAACCACAAUCGGCUGUUUGGUUACCGCAAAUACAAAAAUUUUAUCGUUCGAGAAUAAAUGAGAAUCAAUUUCUAGUACAAAUGUUACUUGAUAACACAACAACUGUCAAUUAUGGUGGUUUCGGUGAAAUAUGGUUGAAUUAUACAUUUUUAGAUGAAACAACGUUAUUUCUAGAAUGGUUAGGAUUGAAUAAAACAUCGACACGAUUAGGUGAAGCGUCAAUGAUCAAAUUUAUGUUACCAAUGUCACCAACUUGUAGUCUAAUCUUAUACGAUAAUGAAAUUGAUGUACAAAAAGCUGCAAAAAAUUCAUCGUACUAUCAACGUGGUGUACAAGCGUUUAGUUGCAAAUCGAGUAUAUCUGAUAAUUGUUAUGUGACGGUGAAAGUGACAACAUUAGAUGCACCCAUUGCUUGUCCAAUUGUUCAAGAUCAACAACCAACCGCUUUACCAUUUCCAGCACCCGGUGAUAAUGAUCAAUUGUCAUUAGAUGGUAUGGCGAUUAAUUUACAUAAUAAUGUAUGGGAAACAAACUAUAUUCUAUGGUAUCCAUUUGCUAAUGAUGAUCAAUCAUGGAGGACAAGAUUUAUAAUAAAAUUUGAUGGUUCAUGUGUAUGA